ACGAAUUUGAAAUUCUCGACGACCAUAGGGCAGUCGCAACUCUGAAGUUCAACCUUCGCACACUUCCGCUGUUCACGCGACAAUCCCAGCACAAUAUUGGAUCCCUGUCGCGCCUCUCUCGAAACGGACAAUGGCCAUGGCGAGCAAACAACCGAAGGUCAUGUCGUCAAGACUGGCGACAAUGAAGUUCAUGCAACGCGGUUCGGCCCCCGCGUCACCUGCUUCAGAGCCUCCCACGAAGAGACAACGACUGUCCAUAGGAGGCGCAAAUAAUGCAUCGCCCACUUCUCGACCACAACCAUUCAACCAGUCCUCGCCUGAAGGUGAAUUGAGCGCACGGCAACAGAACGUUACUGCCAAUGAUGAGUGGUAUUUGAGCUAUAAGGCACCCGAAACCGUCGCGCAAUCACCAUUUCAGAUCGUAUCAGCAGGCUUCUCACAUCUCGAUGACAAUGAUACACCAGAUGCGCAAUCAGGUGCCGAGGAGUCUGGCCGAUUCGAGGUUGCAGGGCGAAAGCGGUUCGGCAAACUCGACAAAUUUGCCGGACGACGGAAGAACAAUGACGAUGAUGAUGAAGACGAUGACGACAGUGAGGAAGAUGAGGGGGAAGGUGCAGCAAAUGUUGGCGGUGAUGCUACUGGCGUUGAUGCACUGAUAGCGAAGGGACAAAGAGCGGCGGCUGAACGAGUGCGCGCAGAGCGUAAAGCGAAAAGAAAGGCUGAAAAUGCCGGACUUCACCAGAUGGGAGAAGAGAGGAGGAAAAAAGAGAUCAAGCUCAAUAGGCUAAGUGGCAUCUCAUCUGGCGGAGGCGGCGGCGGUGGCUCAUCCGGGUCCAAUGCUUCCAACUCUUCCUGCUUUACGUGCGGAACGAAGGGACAUAUGAAGAAGGACUGCCCGAAAGCGUCGAAUGGCGCUGCGCGACAUUCCCGUAAGUCUUACUGAAGUCUCCAUCGCGGCGCCUUGACGAACGAGUGAUGGCCUCUAGCUGAGAUGGUCGUGAU